AUGGAACCUCAAGCCGGCGACGGGCCUGACGGCUCGUCCUUGAAGCCUGUCUCAUCUCUGCGAGCCCAGUUCGAGACCAUGGGCAAGCCUAAAGAGCCCCCGCCGGUCCCAAAGCCCUCCACAUCCGUCGUGUCGCCGAGGAACCGCUCCCCGUCCCCGAAGCCCCCUCCCGUGCCCGACACGAGACCGGCGCGGACCACACCCACACCGCAGGACGAAGGGAAGCCAGCUGCAAGGGAAGGACUCAGGCCCGUGGGGUUGCCAGCGCCCAAGGCGGCACCGGACCACGCCCCGAGCCUCAAUAUCGCCAACCCUCCUCCCCUCAGUCCCAGGCCGCUCAAACCACCGCCGGCGGUCCUGAUCGAGCCACCACAGUCGCCGCCGAAAGGCCGUGUGAACGCGGUACCCGGCUUUGAGGGCAGCCCGCUUAGUCUCGAUCCUGCAAAGGCCCCGACGACACCAAACUCCACCUCUCCUAGGUCCUUCAAGAUUCCUAGUCGACCGCAUACUCCUGUUCUUGAACCACGCCGGUCUCCCAGGCUAUCCGCAACUGUUGGACCCCCUUCGCCGCCACCUCCACGACGGUCUGCCGAGUUGAGAAGAGACAGGGAACUGAGACCGGCACCCGCGGUACCUCCGCCGGUAAACCGUGCAGAGAAACCUAGCAACCGUCUGUCUCAACUCGUAAAUCAGAACGGGUUCCAUCUGGACGCAGCCAAUGAUGCUACCGCGAAAUCGCCGUUUAAUAGCCCGCCCGGGAGCCCAGAGCGCGAGGAACCGCCCCCAAGCCUGCCCAGCAGACCCGCCAGGCCUCAGGCUCCAAAGAUGCCCUCGAUGAGCAGGAACAACACAGCUUCUGCAGCAUUGGAAACCAAGAGAGAUGUCAAUGGCAACGGGAAGGCGCUCCUGGCUCCUGCUGCUGCAGAACCACCGCCCCCAGCCCUACCCACGAGACCUCAGACUGUGACCGAGGCCCAACCGGCAAAAGGAGCAGCAGGGACCAUGAGGCCGCCUCCGCGGCCUCCACGACCAGGCGUCAUCACGUCCAUAAAUACCACUACCCACGAGAACGGCUCGUCUCCUCAGACUAAGCGGGUGGUUUCUAACCCCACCACCCAGUUCGCACCUCCACCAACCCGCACUCAUAACAGAUCCAUGACGGUAGACAGGACAUCUGACAGGACGCCACCUGAGUUCCGGGAGCCACCGAGGAGGAAUGGUACAGUAGUAGAAAGGGGAACGCGUGUCACGGAAACCCUUGCGCCUAACCCCACAAGCCAUACACCGCAGCCCAUAAAUGCAUACCCAGAUGCAUCGCGUAUCAACCGCCGCCCGCCAUUCACGAAAAAGGGGCUGCACGAGAUUUAUACCAAAUACGACACCCGCAUAUUUGACGUUUGCGGGCAGUACGUGUGUUCCAGCGGGCCCCUCACCCGAGUCUGGAGUCUGCUCGACGGAGAACUCCUCAUGAGUUUUGCACAUGGUGAAGGUGUCAAGGCCACCGCCAUCUCUUUCAAGUGCGGCUUAGGAGUUGAGGACGAAGGCACCAAGCUAUGGAUUGGAAACAACUUAGGGGAAGUGAUGGAGGCCGACAUCGCGACCCAAAGCAUCGUGGGGAACAAGUCGGUCGCCCACGGAAGGACUGAGAUCAUCAAGAUAUACAGGCAUUUCAACGAGAUGUGGACCCUGGAUGACACUGGAUCACUGUUCGUAUGGGGUCCAGAUAGUGAUGGUCUACCGAAUCUGAACAACAACCCUCACCAGGCCUACCGCUUGCCGAGGGGCCACACUUUCUCAAUGCUCGUAGGCAGUGAGAUCUGGCAUGCGACAGGGAAGGAGAUUCGAGUCUUCGCGCCAACUCUUGACGGCAGGACUCAAGUACAAGUUCUUAUGCGCCCUAUGAUAGCAGAAGGCGCAGGAGAGGUUACUUCUGGAGCUCUCAUCAAGACACAAAAGGGGAGCGUCUACUUUGGCCACGCAGAUGGCAAAGUCAGCAUAUGGUCCCAGCAAGAUUUCUCGUGUUUGGGUGUGAUCAAUAUCAGCAGCUACAAAAUCAGCUGUCUCGCGGGUGUUCGCAAUGAGUUAUGGGCGGGCUACAACACCGGCAAGAUCUGUGUUUACGAUAUUGAGAAGUCGCCGUGGGUGGUGAAGAAAGACUGGCAGUCUCACGACAAUCCCGUUAUAAAGAUCAUGACAGACCGCGCAAGCUGUUACCGGCUCAACCGACUUCAGGUCAUCUCGUUGGGUGCGGACAAUAUGAUCAAAGCAUGGGACGGGAUGUUACAAGACGACUAUCUGGAAAGCGAGAUGAAAGCGCUUGAUACGCAAUACUGCGAGUUUGAAGACAUCAAGGCAAUGGUUAUGACGUGGAACGCAGGAGCCUCGACGCCAACUAGUCUCAGAUAUUCUGAGCAGGACUCGAUGUUUAUUCAGAACCUACUUCGCUCAAGCGACUCGCCCGAGAUCCUGAUAUUCGGGUUCCAAGAACUAGUGGAUCUGGAGGACAAAGCAGCGACCGCUAAGCGAUUGUUCAAGUCGAAGAAAAAGGAUGCCGUAACGGACCAAGAGCGAAUGAGCCACCAGUACCGAGAUUGGAGAGACUUCCUCAUCAGGAGCCUGGACGACUUUAUGCCGGCCGACUGUCUUUACCAUCUUCUGCAUACAUCGACCCUGGUCGGCCUAUUCACGUGCAUCUUUGUCAAAUCAAGUAUUCGAGACCGCGUACGAAACCUAAGCAGUGCAGACAUCAAGCGUGGUAUGGGCGGACUGCAUGGAAACAAAGGGGCAAUCGUCGUGAAGUUUGUGGUGGAUGAUACGUCGAUGUGCUUCAUCAAUUGCCAUCUAGCAGCUGGUCAAUCGCAAGCGAAUAGCCGACACAACGACAUCGCAGCAAUUCUAGAAAGCGCCGUACUGCCGGUCGAGCGGGACCCGACUGUCCGCAUCGACAGUUACAUGGGAGGCGGCGAUGGAACCAUGAUUCUUGACCACGAAAUCUGUCUCAUCAACGGCGAUCUCAACUACCGCAUCGACACGAUGUCGCGGGACACAGUUGUCGCCGCUGUCAAGGCCAACAACCUGGCAAAACUGCUCGAUCGAGACCAGUUGCUUGUCGCUCGCAGACGGAACCCAGCUUUCAAACUCCGGGCCUUCGAGGAGAUGCCCAUCCAAUUUGCACCGACCUACAAGUAUGAUGUAGGGACUGACAACUAUGACACCAGUGAGAAGAAACGUUCUCCAGCCUGGUGCGAUCGCCUCCUUCAUCGAGGCUGCGGCAGGAUACAGCAACUUGACUACCGUAGACACGAGGUCCGGGUUUCUGACCAUAGACCCGUGAGCGGACGGUUCAAGUUCACUGUCAAGACAGUCUCGCCCAAGAAACGUGCCAUGACUUGGGCCGACUGUCAGCAGCGCUUCGAAGAUUUGAAGGAGAAGGAGGCGAACGAAGAAAAGCUCUACUAUCUCAUGCAUGUAAUCGGUUACGAUGCUGCCACAAGCAAGAAGAUAAUCAAGGAUAAAGCUGGCACCGACGGCUCAGUGACAGAUCCCGAGUUGACUGGCGAAGAGGAGUUGGGCGGCGGCUCGAAAACACGGGCACACUUGAGGAAGAUCUCACUUCAAGUUCCUAAGCGCCAUAAUCGUAGUCCAGGCGGCUACUUUGAGGACCUCGGGGAGCUGGCCGAAGCUGACACUCAGAAGAGACACUUCUCGAGAUAG